AUCCCCGCGCACUCCGAGCUCUUGGCCACCAACUCCGCCGUGGCAGCGUACAAAUCGCUCUCCAGCCUGGGCCUGGCCACGGCGCUGCUCGCCAGCGCGCACUUGGCCGCGCUCCCGCUCCCGAUCGUGCCCACCAACUACAUGCCCGCGCGCAUCCAGUUGCUCGUCAGCACGUUGGCCGUGUUGGACAACUUGGCCACGCAGUUGCUCCGCGUGUUCGCGGCCGGGCCGUACCAGAAGAUCAUCGACUUGGCGUCCAGCCCCGACACCGCGCCCGGCGCCGCGUUCCGCGACUUGACGUCGCUCUUCGAGUUCUCCAAGCGGCUCUACUCCGAGGAGGACCCGUUCCUCUCCGUGGAGCACAUUGCGCCCGGCAUCUGGAAGGACGGCGAGAAGACGCCCAGCAUGUUCCGCUCGCGCGAGCAGACCAUCGAGCUGACGCUCCGCAAGGUCAACUUGGCCACGUUCCUCGCGGCCACGCUCGGCACCAUCGAGGUCGGCUUCUUCCACUUGAACGAGUCGUUCCUCCACGUGUUCUGCCCGGCCAACGACUUGGACCCGGCCAACUCCAUGUCCAACAUGAGUGCCAGCAACACCAACUUGCAGAGCGGCGCGGGCUGCCACAUCGGCGAGAAGUGCGGCAAGCUCCUCAAGCCCCAGGCCAGCUUGUACCUCGACUUGAAGACCCAGGCCUACAUCUCGGCCGUCGAGGCCGGCGAGCGCUCACGCGAGGAGAUCUUGGAGGACAUCCUCCCGGCAAACCUCGAGCACGUGCUCCAGGAGCGCCGCGCCACCAAGGUCUUGAGCCCCACCGAGAUGGACUUCGUGCACCGCUGCCACUCGCGCAAGGAGAUGCUCUUGAACUACCCGCCGGACCAGAACCUCAACGAGGAGUACGAGUGGUUCGAGUUCUUGAAGGAGUUGUUUGAGUUUGUGCUGAAGAACAUGGGCUUUCUCCUCUGGGGCAAGAAGGGCAAGCCCCCCUCCAACCGUGCGCCGCGAGGCGCCGUGGCCAGUGCUGCGGCAAACCCCUCGCCGCCCGCGGCUUCCUCGACACCGCACAGCGACGAGGUGCUUCGCGAAAUGCCGCCAUACGUGCGCCCAGACCCGGAGCUUCCUGGACGGGCAGAGGGCAAGGGCCUCGACGAAAUCACCGCCGCGCUUCUCCCCAGUGAGAUCCAGGAACAGCAGAUUCACCUACGCAUCAACCCGGGCAUCAAUUCCAAGGGCCCCAACAGGCGGCCCUGGACCCGCCAAGAAGAGAAGGCGCUACGUCAUGCCAUGGAACUCAAGGGCACGCAGUGGUCGGUGAUCCUCGAGCUCUUUGGCCAAGGUGGCCGGAUCAACGAGUCGUUGAAGAACCGCACCCAGGUCCAGCUCAAGGACAAGGCGAGGAACUGGAAGAUGUUCUUCCUCAAGGCGGGCCUCGCCGUGCCUAACUACCUACAAAAAGUGACCGGCGACUUGGACAGGGACGACAAGCUGCGAGCGAAACUGGCUCGCAACAAGAAAACUGCCGCUGCGCCCGUGCCUACGGUGUCCAAGCGGGAUGACGGCCCC